UCUGUGUCAAGAAUACGACAUCGACUUGAUGCAGAACGGUUAUGUACUUCCUGCCACUGGUUCCGUCGAGCCUAAACUGCUUCGCUCAGCGAGGCAGACAGCAUCGACAUGGGCUUGCCAUCGCCUGACUCAUGGAAACCACAUCCGGGUGCCCACUGGCCAUCAAACCAGCCCCCCUCCCCCGCACAGACAACGCAGGGCUCGGCGGCCUUGUUCGAUCUAUUCUUAGUACGUGUCGGAAACACGAUCCCGUGCGACAUUGUGGUGGAGCGAGAACCGCCCACCUUGCGCAUCCCUCUGGCCUGGAGACCAGUAUUUCCGAGUCCUAUCCGACAUGCCGAUUCUCGGCGGGAGGCAUCUCGCCGUUCUCGGGCGGCUUUCCACGUUUUUGAGGUGAGAGAAUCCGGAGUAGCGACGUCAUGCCCUGUCAUGCCUGAAAAAAUGCACUUCUCCCGGUACCUGUUCCCGGGUUUCGCGAUGCCAAGCAAGAGCAGACUUUCCUCGUCCUUUCGGCUGGCCCGCCCGGCUGCGUCCAGCUCGCUGUGGCUCUCUGCGCUGGCUGCCCAGACGUACUUGUCUUGAGACGUUGGAUGAAUCCUUUACCGAUCACGCAAAAAGUCUGCAGAACUUGGUCUCUCUUCGGAGCCCCCGCCGUGUUACCUAGCCCUCCUCGGCUGAUACUCCACUUUUCUCCGCGGAUGCUGAGAGAUAAAUUUUCACCCUCGAAACUGCAGGGAUGCCUCGGCGGUUGCUGUUCGGCAGACGCAGCGGACGCUGGUCUGAGCGGGCCGCCUGAUUCACGGCUCAACUUCUACUCCUUCCACUGCAGCACCUCGAUGUUCUCUCCUGCUACCUUCCUCCAGCUCGCCGCCCUCGUCUCCGUGGCCGCCGCUGCGCCCAGCAACGUGACGCGGACCGCGACUGCGAAACGGGCGACCUGCACGGUGAACAGCGUGUCGAGCGCGUCGAACCUCAAGAGCUGCACCGACGUCAUCAUCGAGGGCUUCACCGUGCCCUCGGGCCAUACGCUCAACAUCGAGGUCUGCUGUCUCGCUACCUCGUCGUUGUUCGACGCACGUUUUGACCACCCCCUCCACCAGGCUGCUAGCGGCGCUUCCGUGACCUUGGCUGGAGAUCUCGUCUUUGCGAAGACCUCGUCUGCGGGUCCUUUGAUCACAUUCAACACGAACAACAUCAACUUCAACGGCGGAGACCACAAUAUCAACGGAAACGGUGCGGCCUACUGGGACGGAAAAGGUACCAACGGCGGGUCGACGAAGCCCCACCCCUUUGUCAAGUUCGUGUUUGCUCAUUUCAUCUUGCACACGGCGCGUGCUCACAGCGGGCGCAGAUUCAAGGGCUCGGGAACCUUCUCGUUCGUGACCGUUCUCAACUCUCCGGCGCAGGCCAUCUCCGUCGGAACUUCCGGAGCGACCGUGAUCGAACGCGUGACGGUUGACAACUCCGCGGGCGCGUCGCUGGGACACAACACGGACGGGUUCGACGUGAGCGCGUCGGACGUGACGAUCGCGCAGUGCACGGUGAUCAACCAGGACGACUGCGUCGCGGUGAACAAGGGGAACAACAUCCUCGUCGAGGACACGACGUGCACCGGCAGCCACGGCAUCUCGAUCGGCUCCAUCGCGUCGGGCCACGCGGUCACGAACUUCAAGGCCGCGCGCAACACGAUCACCGGCGGGCUCUACGGGCUGCGCAUCAAGGUCGACGCGAACGCGAAGAACGCGCAGGUGUCGGGUGUCACGUACGAGGCGAACGUCGUCUCGGGCAUCUCCGACUACGGUGUCCUGAUCACGCAGAGCUACCCCGCCAACGACGGCACGCCCGGCACCGGCGGCCCGAUCUCGAACGUCGCGUUCAUCGGCGGCACGACGACCGUCGCGGUCGACAGCGGCGCGAUGUCCGUCGUGAUCGAUUGCGGCGCGUGCUCCGGCAACUGGGACUUCUCCGGGCUCGACGUCACGUCCGCCGGCAAGGGCCACAAGAUCGCUGCGAACAAUGCCAAGAUCUCUGGUGGACACUACUAACCGUCCGCCGCAACAACUCUACAACGGAACUCUGAGCGCUGUUUUAUCCGACACGCUCAGCCGGAAUUAAUACUUCAGAAUUGUACUUCUAUCGAACUCCAAUACCACACCUGGCUCCCCUCCCGCAUGCUCUGAGGAAGUUAAUCACGGAGGGAAUACAGAAGACCGAGCCUUCAAGUUCUCGACCAUGCCCAAACGGGCUGAAACACUGAUUCGUAAUAAGCACUGGGAUCCCCGUACACGCGCGCUCCAUCUGCGAUAAGCCCACCCAGGGCAACACCACGCCGAUGUGGGUAGGCCGGCCAGUCUGCUGAGCUCUAGAGAAUCACCAGACGCCCUCGGCCGCCGACGGGACCUCGGCUCCGCGGAGCGCCAAGGCAGUCGGU